AUGAAUCCACCUGUCGUUCCCUCUAAACGAGGCGCCGCGUGUCUCGAGCCGGAGCUCGGCUCCAGGUCCAAAGCCCAGAGACACCCCUGUUUCGACAACGACUCAAUCGCAGUCCCUCAGGCGACCUCCAAAUACGAGCCCGAAAUCUCCGAUGAGUGCCACAGUCGGAAGGAUAAACGCCACAACCGUAUCCCUCUUGCUCUCAACCAUGACCUGAACCGUGCAACGCGCCUCAUCUCGACUCCGAUCCCAGUACCGACACCCCAGCCCCAAUCCCGCCCCCCACUAACAAUCUGGCAAAUCUCCAACGACGCGAUCCGCGCCCCGACACUCGCCGCCAAAUCACUUGACCUGCAAACGCGCGAAAUGUUCAACACCUUGCUCUGCACGGUGCUCAUCCCGGCCACCUUCGCCGCCUUCACCAAGCGCGUCGACCAGGACAUCAUCGCCUUCGUGCGGGACGACCAGCGCGCUCAGUGCCCGCUGAUCGAAUGGACAGUCCGCUGCUACGCAACCUGGCACCUCGCCUCCAUCCACAACGAUGCUGGCCUCCUCGCGCGGAGCCGCUACAUCUACGGGGUGCUGAUACGGUACGUGCGCAGCGCGCUGGACGAGCCUCGCAAGCGCGCGAGCGAGGUCACGCUGGUCGUCGCAGUCCUGCUGAGCUUCUACGAGGCGUUUGACGGGAGCAGCCCCAGCGCGUGGCUGGUGCAUGUGCGCGGCGUGAAAGAGAUUCUGCGGCGGCGCGGGGCCACGGCGCAUUUCUCUGGGUUUUCUAGGACGAUUGUGCUCUCGUGUCGGGCACUUUUGAUUGUGGAGGCGUUUGCGAGCUGUGAGGAGUGUUUUCUUGCGGAGAGUGAGUGGGUGAGUGUUAGUGAGAGGGCGUUUGAGAGGGAAGAGCGCCAGGGCAGGGGGUGUAGGCUUGUUAGUCUUAUUGAUCGCACGUAUCGGGAGGUUGUGCAGAUGCCUGGGUUGGUGGUGCGGGUGAGGGGGCUUCUUGAGACGGGAACCGGCGGUGGAUGUCAUGAUGAAGGAUCGGGUGGAGUCUCGGUGAAGCAGGAGCUGAGGAGUCAGAUUCAGCGGAGCCAGGCUGCGCUAAGGAAGCUAAGGCAGAGCCUGGCGUCUCUCUCGGCGGCGGAGGAUUCGUCUGCUGUGACACCGAAAGAUAAUGCGGAAUCGAUCAUCGAUUCGAGAUUCGUAUCCACGAUUACUCAGUACAAUCUCCACGCCGUCUGCGCGGCUGAGGAGCUAUUGGGCCGAUUAUCCACGAUGCUGGCGGAUACUAAACAGGGGAAUCUCGCCGGUAUAUGCCUCAAACCAAGAGAGACGAUAUUGAAUUGUACACCAGCGGACAGGGGAGUUGGCUGCGAAGCCAGCGCGACAUUGCGCUCCUUCAACGACAGCACCACUCUGGAUUAUAUCUUCCUGACACUGGGGGUAAUGGCUCUAUGA